UCAAGAUACUGUCGUCAUCUUAUCAAUACUUUAAAUUAUGUAACUAGUUUGAAACUGUAAUCUAAUCUCUUAGUUUUAAACUUCAAUUGUACAUCUAUAUUAUAAAUAUACAACAGAAUUCAAAUAUACACAUACAGCGUACGAGUCAAUUGAAAUCAACCUUUCACAUUAUUCACAGCAAUCUCUCUGUGUGUUUCUUGUUUUUUCUACGUACAAACAAUGUGUUUCUCGCAAGGGUUCUCCAAUUCACGAUCAUCAUCGCCGAUGGGUUACGAAAACGAUUCGUACGUCUCCUUCUCUGUGAGAAACUUAGGGUUUGGUUACCUCCAUGCCUUUCUCUUGAUUUGCAGGGUUUGGUUCGUUUUUCAGGUUCCGCGACGAGGAUGGGGAGCCGUUGAUGGACUACGACGGCGUGCAGUCCGAUAGGGAGCAGUCGCCGCAGCCGCGGCAGGGAUUUUUAGAGGACGACGAGGAUGAGGGCGAGUGGCAGCGAGAGCGGUCGGAGACGCCUGUUUAUGACGCGGAGGCAUCGUUGAUGAAAGCGAAGCCCAUGAAGCGGCUGAUCAAGAAAGGCGAUCCUGUCUCGGCGAAGGAGAUUGUGACUCCGAGCCUGGUGGAUGAGGACGAGUACGAGGAGGAUUUUGAGAGAAAUUCGAAAAAGUUGAAGGAGGGAAAGAGCGGUGGGAAGAAGGAGAAGAGGCAUAAGGGGGAGAAGAGAGGGUUUUCUUCUGUGGGGAAGAGCGAUGAUGGUAGGUCCUCCAAGAGAGGAGGGUUUUCUUCGGGUAAGGAUCGAGAGAGUGAGGUCAAGGAGAUGUGGGGCACCAUUGCCGGUGGCGAUUCUGAGGAUGAUCAUGAGGGUGUCAGGACUAUGGACGAUGAUAACUUCAUAGAUGACAGUGGUGUGGAUCCUACUGUUGGGAAUGGAAAUGGCGGUGAGCCACAUUCUCCUGGUGAAGCUCCUCAGGCUGAGGAGCGUGGCGAAGAUGAAGAAAUUAACCAGCUCUUCAAGUCGGGUAAGAAAAAAAAGAAGAAUGAGAGAAACCCGGCAGAAAUAGCAUUGCUAAUUGAGAAUGUCAUGGCCGAGCUUGAGAUCACAGCAGAAGAGGAUGCAGACCUUAAUAGACAGGGGAAGCCUGCUGUUAAUAAACUCAAAAAACUGCCUCUUCUGACAGAGGUCCUUUCAAAGAAGCAGCUCCAACUAGAGUUUCUAGAUCACGGAGUUCUAAAUUUAUUGAAGAAUUGGUUGGAACCUCUUCCAGAUGGAAGCUUACCAAACAAGAAUAUCCGUUCAGAAAUAUUGAAGAUUUUGACUGAUUUGCCCAUUGAUCUAGAGAUGUAUGACAGAAAAGACCAACUCAAGAAGAGUGGUAUUGGAAAGGUCAUUAUGUUUUUGUCAAAAUCUGAUGAGGAAACAACAUCCAACAGAAAACUUGCAAAGGAUUUGUUUGAUAAAUGGAGUCGACUGAUAUUUAACAAAAGUACAAGGUUUGAGGACAUGAGAAACGCUGAUGACGAGAGCCUUCCCUACCGAAGGCCAUCUGUUAAAAAGCCAGCGAAUAAAGCUGCUAGGAUGGAAUCCAAAGAUGAUGAUCUUGAUUUGGAUGAAUUUUCACGGGAUCGCAAGUCCAGCCAAUUAUCAUCCAGGCAGCAUGCUACAAGGCCGGACGCAACAGCAUUAGAUUUCUUGGUGCGCCCACAAUCUAAGAUUAAUCCAGAUGAAAUAAGAGCCCGCGCGAAACAAGUUGUAAAAGAUCAGCGUCGUUUGAAGAUAAAUAAGAAGUUGCGGCAGUUGAAGGCCUCAAAAAAGAAGCAGCUUCAAGCCACAAAGCUUAGUGCGCAGGGUCGUGGCAUGGUCAAAUAUUUGUAAUGUCAGAAUUCACUUUCAUUUGCUUGUGAAGGUUGUCAUGGGCGUAGAACAAGCCACAAAGAACCUUGGGAAGGAGGUUUAACUAGCAACAGCUUCUUCAAAUGCCUAAGGUCUCUCUGUUUUCUUCUUGGAUUCAAGGCCCAGCCCAAUGGGAGGGAUCCCAUCCAGUUUAUUGGUGUAUAUUUGAUUGGCAAAGAGUGCAGCCUGACAUUCUCGUGCUGCGUGUAUUUUGUAAAACCAAGCAGUGAGACUUUUGUGUGCUAACUGCUAGACUGCAAUGUUUCCCUUGAACAAUUUAUAUAUAAUAUAUUUUUUUUCCA